UCUAUGUGACAUAAUUCAGCAAAACCGAAAUUGAGUGAAAGAAAACCAAACAAACAUGUCCAUCUUCUUCUUUGUUCUCUUCUUUCUCCUACACCUAUCCACGGCCCAAGACGAUUGCGCUCCAAAAACAUGCUCCAAACACGGUCCAACGAUCCGCUUCCCUUUCCGCAUCAAGGACAGCCAACCACCUCACUGCGGCUAUCCCGGGUUCGACCUCUCUUGCUCUCCAACCAUCUCCGCCACUCUCCUGAACCUCCCCAAUUCCGUCCAAGUUCUAGUCACCCGUAUCGACUACGAAUCCCAAUCGAUUCGCAUCAAAGACCCAAAUAAAUGCCUCCCGCAACAGCUUCAAAAGCUCAGUCUGUCCACCACCCCCUUUCAAUUUGCAGAUUCCGAGUACAACUUUAGUUUAUUCAGUUGCCCUUCAACGAGACCAGUUGAGUCUUUUGAAGGACCGUGGUGGUCGACUCGGGCCGCUUGCCUCAGUGGCGAUGGCCAUGAAGUUUACGUCAAGUCUAGUGGCAUGAGUAUCUAUUUUCCACCCCGGCUGAUAUCUUGCAGAAAGAUGUAUAAUGUUUGGUCGGUUCCCUAUGAGGUUUUUGAUCAAACAGCUGAUCUGCAGUUGACUUGGCCCCAACGGGUUUGUGGGAAAUGUGAGGCUGAAGGAAUGUUUUGUGGGUUUAUGAGUAACAGCACCAGUGAUGAAUUUGAAUGCUUCAAUCCACCUAGAAAAGGUACCCUUUUUCUCUAG